AAACCAUUCCACAGCGUUGCUCCUUCACCCUCCCACUUGGGACUAAUGCACAGGCAUGAGCACCUAUUGAAGAAAACCACACAGGACUUCAACCAGUGACUACGCUAUCAGGUCACUAGUUACUUCCAGUCGCUGUGAGUUUGCUGAAAUGAAGACUGUGCAUUCUACACUUCUCCUGCUACUGCUGGUGCCUCUGACACAGCCAGCACCACAAACUCAACUCGACUCACAUAUUAACUAUGAGUAUGGAACAGAUCAUUUGGAAGAAACAAAAUUUAGCCAGGACUAUGAAGAUAAACACCUGCAUGGAAAAAAUACUAAGGAAAAGGAAACCAUGAUAAUUCCUGAUGAAAAAAGUCCCCAGUUACAAAAAGAUGAGGUUGUACCAUCAUUACCCACCAAGAAAGAAAAUGAUGAAAUGCCUACAUGCCUGUUGUGUGUCUGUUUAAGUGGCUCUGUCUACUGUGAAGAAGUUGACAUUGAUGCUGUGCCACCAUUGCCAAAGGAAUCAGCUUAUCUUUAUGCACGAUUCAACAAAAUUAAAAAGCUGACCGCCAAAGAUUUUGCAGAUAUGCCUAACUUAAGAAGACUUGAUUUUACGGGAAAUUUGAUAGAAGACAUAGAAGAUAGUACUUUUUCAAAACUUUCUCUGUUGGAAGAACUUACACUUGCUGAAAACCAGCUAGUAAGACUUCCAGUUCUUCCUCUGAAGCUUACUUUAUUUAAUGCUAAGUACAACAAAAUCAAGAGUAAAGGGAUUAAAGCAAACACAUUCAAAAAACUGAAUAAGCUCUCUUUCCUCUAUUUGGACCAUAAUGAUCUGGAAUCUGUGCCUCCUAAUUUACCAGAAAGUCUCCGUGUAAUUCACCUUCAGUUUAACAGCAUAUCUUCAAUUACAGAUGAUACAUUCUGCAAGGCUAAUGACACUCGUUACAUCCGGGACCGAAUUGAAGAGAUUCGCCUGGAGGGCAAUCCAAUUGCUCUGGGAAAGCAUCCAAACAGUUUCAUUUGCUUAAAAAGAUUACCUAUAGGAUCAUACUUUUAAAAACCAUCAAUGUAGUGUAUAAUCUAAAGUAGUGCACCUAAUGUCUUAAAGGAACAUAAACAUUAGCUUACUAUUCUCAUUUUAUCUCACUAUUGUAGAAUUUUAUGUUUAAUCAAUGAUGUCCAAAAUUCUUACAUGUUUUUUUCUUACAUGUUACUAUAAAAAUAAUCCAGACUGAAUCUCUUAGUUCAAAACAAAAUGAUAUGAAACUAAACAACAUUAAUACCCCUUGUAGUUUACACUACACUACAUCUAAACAGUGUCCUUUUAUAUAAACACUCACAUAAGAUCCACCAUUCCCAAGACUAAUGAAGUAAGAGAAUGCCAAGAAACGCUGAAAUGUUUGUCUUUCUUAACAUUUAUUGUAUUUCAAAAGUAUUUAAGGCGACGUUCCAAGAAACUGUGAAAAGCCAAAUGUUCCAAGUGACCAUCCAUUGACUUUAUGAUUCAUCAGCAUUCUCCAUGAAGCAGAAAUCUUUUCUGUUACGGCAGCUAUUUUAUUGUAUUUCUCAUUUAGUCUAAGAAAAAGGGUAGCCACAUCUAGGCAAAACUUUCCAGUAAAGUAAAAUUUUACUCUUUGGUAUAGAACCAAUUUAGAAAAGUUCAGUUUUAUGCUUUGUGAUCACACAGAUAGUCUUUAGUCAAUUACUUAAAAAAAAUUCUAAGAAAAAGAAUCAAAAUUCUACUCAUUUUCUCGGAGAGUAAUAAGAGCCCUUCACUCUAAAGAUUCUAAAACAUUAAAUGAGUGUAAACUUUUCACAGUAUAGGAAGGAUUUCAUCAAUAAAUUUGUUCAAAUAUAAGAAAUUUAAAUGAAGUCUAUUGUGUUGUGCUGUACGUAGAGCUUCAGCUAUACAUAUGUUCACUCAAACUGCACACUCACAAUCCGCCCAUGAGCACCACUUCUCAAUGGCCAUGAUUUCCAGUUACAUGGAACAGAGAAACCCAACCUUCUGUCUAACAGUGAUGACUGAACAAUGCAGAUUAAAGUUCCUAAAUUAACCCUCAGAGGAAGGUGCAUAUAGUACACUCACAAAUAUUAGUCUAUAUAUUACUUUGGAGUUGAACAUAAAAUUAACAAUGUUUUAGAAAUAACUAUCUUUUAUAUACAAAAGUACCACUAUUAGGCUGGGCGAUGGUGGCGCACGCCUUUAAUCCCAGCACUCGGGAGGCAGAGGCAGGCGGAUCUCUGUGAGUUUGAGACCAGCCUGGUCUACAGAGCUAGUUCCAGGACAGGCUCCAAAGCCACAGAGAAACCCUGUCUUGAAAAACCAAAAAAAAAAAAUACUAAUAAAAUAAAAGGUACCACUAUUAUUUCCAUUAUUGGGUACACGUUAGAAUCUGCAUGCUUUUCCUAGAAUACUCAAGCAUUUGGUGUUUUGCCCCAAUGCAGACUGACCCCUUCCUCUCUCAUGUUACGGCUGACCCCAGACAAAACUUUUCAUUAAAGCACUUGUGACCUAUAAGGCAAUACUGAUUACUCUAAUAAUGUUUACUAGUUCAUUCAUUUUGAUGUUAGUUAUAGUAAAUUUUUCCCACUGUGUCAUUUUGCGUGCAUGCCUCAGUUUCUCUGUGACUAAACACUCACUAGGAUUACUGAAAUACAGUUCUACCUUUUACACUUGUAUGGUACCUAGUAGUACAUUUGAAUUAAA